AUGACGGCAGCUAGGGGAACAAUGGGAUAUAUGGCUCCUGAGUUGUUCUACAAAAAUCUUGGAGGCGUUUCGUACAAAGCCAAUGUCUACAGUUUUGGAAUGUUGUUGAUGGAGAUGGCAAGCAGAAGGAAGAACUUGAAUGCCUUGGCAGAGCAUUCAAGCCAAAUUUACUUCCCUUCUUGGCUGUUCGAUCAAUAUACCAAGGGCUUUACUUGGAGAUGGGUGAUGUCAAUGAAGAUGAAAUGA